AUGUCACCCUACUCGGACGAUCCGUUCGUGUCGUCCCGCAGCUCCCGGAGACACAGCUUGAGCCGAGAUAGGAGGAGUACGAGCGGAUCGAGAAUGUCGCACGAGUCGGAAUCGUCCGUCUCCACCACGAGCAUCGUCUUCGACCGCAUCGGCGAGCGGGUCGCCGCCCAGGAAGCCGCGCUCGAGAAGGGUCGCCGUGGCGAUGCUGACGAUGACGACGAUGACGACGAAGCUGCCCUGAAGGACGAGCCGAAUAAUGAUGAUCUCGAGACCGGCCCCUUCCUCGGCAACGGCCGGCCGGCCGAGCAUGCGGGCGCUAAGGGUCCGGGAAUGGACCGCGGAAUGCGCAGGGUACUCCUGGUUGCGGCCGGCCUGCUGAUCUCCGCCUGGGUCGUCGGUCUGUUCGUCUACGUAACGACCAAGUCGUACCAGCCCGCCUCGGAGACGGCCCACGAUCCGCAAGCGACCGUAUUGCGAGGCUCCGGGAAGGCGGUGACGCUGGACCAGGUGCUGGGCGGCUUUUGGCGUCCCGAGUUCCACGCUAUACGAUGGGUUUCCGGGCCGAACAGCGAGGAUGGCCUUCUGUUGGAGAAGGACGUGCCGGGGAAGGACUACCUGGUUGUGGAAGAUGUUCGCAAGCAAGAUCCGGCCGCUGCCGGUGGCUCGGCUGGUCUGCAGGUGGCCGAGUCCACCGUCCUGAUGGAGCAGGGAACCUUUAACUACGGGGAGAGAACAUACACAGUGCAGAAGGUCGCACCGAGUAAAGACUUCAAGAGAGUAUUGGUUGCGACUGACGUGGAGUCUAACUGGCGCCACUCCUCGUACGCCGCUUACUGGAUCUUUGAUGUCCAAACGCAAACGGCGGACCCCUUGAUCCCCGGUGAGCCUGGGGCGCGCAUUCAGCUUGCCCAGUGGAACCCAUCGGGGGACGCCGUUGCCUUCACCCGAGACAACAAUCUGUACUUGCGCAGAGUUGGGGCGGACAAUCUCAUCCAGAUCACCCGGGAUGGCGGCUCCGAGAUGUUCAACGGAGUGCCUGACUGGGUCUAUGAGGAAGAAGUGUUUGCUGGUGCUAGUGCGACAUGGUGGUCCGAAGACGGCAAUUACAUUGCCUUCCUGCGGACUAACGAGACUGGCGUGCCCGAGUAUCCGGUUGAUUAUUUCCUAUCAAGACCCAGCGGCACCAAGCCCGAGCCGGGCGAAGAGGCGUAUCCCGAGACUCGGAUGAUCAAGUAUCCGAAGGCCGGAGCGCACAACCCGGUCGUUGAGCUGAAGUUCUACGAUGUGACACGCGGCGAUGUCUUCUCUGUGGAUAUCUCGGGCGGGUUCGCGGACGAUGACCGACUCAUCACCGAAGUCGUGUGGGCAGGCAAGCAGGUCCUGGUAAAAGAAACAAACAGGGUCAGCGAUGUUAUGCGCGUGGUCCUCGUGGACGUGUCGUCGCGCACCGGCAAAGCCGUCCGGACCACGGACGUCAAGGCCAUCGAUGGUGGUUGGUUUGAGAUCACCCAUCAGACCAAGUAUAUCCCAGCCGACCCGUCCAAAGGGCGAGACCAUGACGGCUACGUCGACCUGGUAAUCCAUGGUGAUGGCAACCACCUGGCCUACUUCACGCCACUGGACAACCCGGACCCGGUCAUGCUGACCUCGGGUGACUGGGAAGUUGUCGACGCUCCGUAUGCGGUGGACUUGGGCAACAAUGUCGUCUACUUCCUCGGAACCAAAGAAUCCUCGAUCCAGCGGCAUGUGUACCAGGUCAAGCUUACGGGAGAGGGCUUAACUUCGGUAUCCGACACUUCUUCCGAAGGCUACUAUGGGGUUUCGUUCUCGGCCGGGGCCGGCUAUGCACUCUUGACCUACCACGGCCCUGGGAUUCCAUGGCAGAAGGUCAUAUCCACGCCGAGCAACCCCAACCAGUACGAGCACACCGUGGAAGAAAACCUGGAGCUUGCCGAAAGUGCCAAGAAACACGAGCUUCCUAUCAAGAUAUACGGCACUAUCAAUGUCGACGGCGUGGAACUCAACUACGUCGAGAGACGGCCGCCGCACUUUGACGAGAGCAAGAAGUACCCGGUUCUCUUCCAGCAGUACAGCGGCCCGGGCUCUCAAACCGUGAACAAGAAGUUCGGCGUCGACUUCCAGUCCUACGUGGCCGCAGGGCUAGGAUACGUCUGUGUCACAGUCGAUGGCCGCGGCACCGGCUACAUCGGGCGCAAGAACCGCGUCAUUGUGCGCGGCAAUCUGGGCCACUGGGAGUCGCACGAUCAGAUCGCGGCCGCCAAGAUCUGGGCCAAGAAGAAGUACGUCGAUGAGUCGAGGCUUGCCAUCUGGGGCUGGAGCUUCGGGGGGUUCAACACGCUCAAGACGCUCGAGCAAGACGCCGGGCAGACGUUCCGCUACGGCAUGGCCGUCGCCCCGGUCACGGACUGGCGCUUCUACGACAGCAUCUACACGGAACGGUACAUGCUCACUCCACAGGCCAACGGGCACGGAUACGAUACCAGCGCCAUCAACAACGUCACGGCCCUGGCGCAGAACGUGCGGUUCCUGAUCAUGCACGGCCUGGCGGAUGACAACGUGCACUUCCAGAACUCGCUGACGCUGCUGGAUAAGUUGGACUUGGUUGGGGUGGAGAACUAUGAUGUCCAUGUGUUCCCGGACAGCGACCACAGCAUCUACUUCCACAACGGGAAUCGGAUUGUAUACGACAAGCUCACCAACUGGCUCAUCAACGCGUUCAAUGGCGAGUGGCUCAGGGUAGCGAACCCGACGCCGAGUGGAAAGAAGAAGUAG